CAAAGUGCGGCUUAUUAGUGAGUCAUUUGAUUCCAAUAUGGCGAAUGUGAGGGAUAGUGAUACUUCGUUGUGGCUUCAUAAUAAGCUUGGAACGUCAAACGAUAGCUGGACGGGUAGUUCAAUUUGUUCUCAGUUAAAUGCCGAAGUUUUAAGGAAUAUAAAAGAUUGUUUUCCAGACUUACAAACCCAAGUGAAGCUUAAAUUACUUCUAUCUUUCUUUCACAUACCAAGACGCAAUGUUGAAGAGUGGCGAGUGGAAUUGGAAAAGAUUAUCGAGGUGGCAUCUCUGGACAGCGAAUUAUGGGUGUCGAUGUUAUCCGAAGCGAUGAAAACGUUUCCAAAUACUGGCUCUUUAAAUACAGAUAUCACUGAUCUUGAUGAGCAUCGUCCAAUUUUCGGAGAGUUAGUUAAUGAUUUACGAAAAUUAUUAAAAAAACAAAAUGAUCCAGCCAUGUUGCCUCUCGAGUGUCAUUAUCUCAACAAAACAGCACUUACCUCAGUCGUUGGUCAACAGCCACAACCCACAAAACAUUUUACUCUCAAAAGAAAGCCCAAGAGUGCUACAUUAAGGGCAGAAUUAGUACAAAAAAGUACAGAUGCAGCGAGUAAUUUGAAAAAGAGUACAGCACCUACAGUUCCCGUUCGAAGUAGAGGAAUGCCGAGAAAAAUGACCGACACAACUCCUUUGAAAGGAAUUCCGAGUCAAGUUCCAAGCAGUGGAUUUCGGUCUCCCUCACAUACGAGUCCAGCUCUCGCGAAUAGAACUCCAAUUAGUAGUCGUAUUCGCAAAGACGGUGGCAUUAAGCUAUUGGAUAUUAACGAACAACCUUUAGGCUAUGCACAAGCCAAAAAACGAAAGAAGAUGAUGGAGCUGGAGGAGCAGCAGAAGAAGGUGGCAGAGGCACAGGCUGCGGCCGCAGCUGCCGCUGCAUCGGCGGCAACAGCUACGGAAACAUCAGCAACUCCAGAAUACGCUCAGGGUCUUACGCCGAUUAAUCCACCAACAACAACUGUCAUAACGCCAACAGUGCCACAAACUUAUGUCACGCCAAACACUCCAACUGGUGUUACUGCAGCAGUUACGCCACAAACUCCAACUACACCCACGACACCUGCUACGCCUAGUUCGUCACUUCCAGUCGCAACUCCAGCAACUACUCCCGCCGUUGAGAGUGCACCUAUUGGAGUACAAACAGUCAGGCCGGCUCAGACUGUCACGCAAAUUCGUAUUCAAACAGCGGCACAGCCCGCUGGUUCCACGGCGAACACAAGAAAAGGAUUGUCCUUGACGAGGGAACAAAUGUUGGAAGCUCAGGAAAUGUUUAGGACAGCCAAUAAAGUUACAAGACCAGAGAAGGCUCUUAUUCUUGGUUUCAUGGCAGGUUCCAGGGAUAAUCCUUGUCCAAAAUUGGGCAACAUUGUGACAGUGAUGUUGUCAGAAAAUGUCGAGGAUGUGACACAACCCGAUGGAACGACAGUGUCAAUGUUGGUUGAGACACACUUCCAGAUGAAUUACACCAAUGGCGAGUGGAAAAGGAUAAAGAAAAAUAGACGUGUAGUAUCCGAUGAUAAUUGUGCGACGAAUACAUCAACCCCUAGUGCCACAGCCAAGGCUUCUAAUUAAGUUUAUCGAUCAAUCAAACAUUAAUAAUUUAGUUCUUUUUUUGUACCUUAGAUUUGUUUGCAAUUCCUUUAAAGAAGAAUAUAAAUAGACAUUUAUUUUAAAUUUA